AAAGCGAGAGAGAGAGAGAGAGAGAGACAGAGAGACCAAAGAGUGAGGGAUUUUAUAAUAUACAAUCUCUAGAAAUGACCUCUAAGUUUUAAAUUCCUUUAUUUAUCUAUUCUCCCAAAGCAACAAGCAUGAGGCUGCACGUUGUUGAGGAUUAUACUGAAAAUAGUGAUGAUGAAGAUACAGAAAAGGUGUUCAGCAAGCCUGUUAUUGAAGACUUGACUUUGGAAUUUGCCAGAAAAUGCAGCGACAUCAUAAGUGAUGUUAAAUAUAAGGAAAACUAUGAAAAGUCUAAAGGAAAAUGCAUUUUUGUUCCGGACACACCUGAACUGAAUCAUCUGAAAAAUGUACAGACCUUUGUUUCAGAGGCAAAAUACAAAGAAUCAGGGAAAAAGCUUUUCCCAGACUGCCUCUAUGCCCAGAUGCCAGCCACAAUUGACACAUUGGUGGCAAAAGAAGUCUCACACCUUCAGAGUCAAGCAUUCUACAAGCAGAAGUAUGAAGCAGAAAAAGGAAAAAUGAAUUAUGCCAACAUGCAGGAACUACCAGAUGUGAAACAUGCCAUGGAAGUCAAUAAAUAUCAGAGUAAUGUACUCUACAAGAAAGGCAUGGAGAACGUGCACAGAUACACAGAGGUAAUUGACAGGCCAGACAUCAAGAAGGCUACAGAGACAACAAGAUUCAUAAGUGAUGCUGAAUACAAGAAGAAGAAAACAGAAGCAAGUACAUAUGUUUUUGCAGGAGGUCGACCUGACAUUGAACACGCAAAGCAGGUUUCCAACUUAACUAGUCAAGCCAAAUACAGAGAAAAAUUUGAACAAGAGAAGAAGUAUAAGAAACACAGAUAUAACCCUCUGGAGAGUGCAUCAUUCAGACAUGCACAGGCAGCAUCUAUACUGGCAAGUGAUGUAAAAUACAAGACAGACUUACAAGAUAUCCAUGAUCCAUCUUCAGAGCUGCCAAAUUUACUCCAUCUGCAGCAUGCUUUAAAAACCAGCAAACUGCAAAGCAAUCUUGAAUAUAAAAAAGAAUAUGAAGAAAACAAAGGCAGUUAUCAUUUCACUUUGGAUACGGCAGAGAUGGCACACCACAAAGAAAAUGUUGUGCUUCUUAGUCAGGUCAAAUAUAAAGAAGCAUAUGAAAAAUCAAAGGGGAAUACAAUGCUAGAAUUUCUUGAUACUCCAACAUAUCAAGUUUCCAAGGAAGCACAGAAGAUUCAAAGCGAAAAAACAUACAAGAAAGACUUUGAAGAAGAUAUCAAAGGGAAGUCAUUGAUGGAUGUAGAGAAUACUCCUGCCUUCUUAAAUGCCAAACAUGCCAGCAGCCUUCUUAAAGAGGAUACUUGUUUUUGGCAGACCAAGGGUACAGUAAUGGGGGCAUCUUUUGCCCCCAUAUAUGCUGACCUCUUUAUGGCUUUCAUUGAGGAUCAAAUCAUUUACAACAGUAGCCAUAAUAUAUAUCUGGAAGAAAUCGACAUCUGGAGACAUUACUUGGAUGACUGCUGGAUGGUAUGGAGGGCCAAUGUUGAAUAUUUAACUGAAUUCAUCUCUUACUUGAAUGACAACAAAUGGGGUCUACAGUUUACAGCUAAUUACCAUAAAGAAUACAGGAAAGACUGGGAAGAAAUCAAAGGAAAAGGUUUAAGAGUGCUUGAAGCUACUCCAGACAUGACCAGAGUCAAACAUGCAUCUCAGAUACUUAGUGAGAAAGAAUAUAGAAAAGACCUUGAAACUGAAAUCAAAGGUAAAGGAAUGGAAGUCAACACUGAAAUUCCUGAUAUCAAAAGAGCAAUAAAAGCCUCAGAAAUGACAAGUCAGAAAGAAUAUAAGAAGGACCUUGAGACUGAGAUUAAAGGAAAAGGAAUGCUGGUUGGAGUGGACAUCCCUGAAAUUCAACGUGCCAAGAAGGCAUCAGAACUUGUUAGUGAGAAAGAAUACAAGAAGGACCUUGAGAAAGAAAUUAAAGGGAAAGGAAUGGUGGUUGGAGUGGACAUUCCUGAAAUUCAACGUGCCAAAAAGGCAUCAGAACUUGCUAGUGAGAAAAACUAUAAACAGCUAUCUGAACUGAGGCGGACCAGUUAUGGAACCGUUAAAGACACUCCUGAAAUACUACAUGCUAUACAUGCAUCAGACAUUUCCAGUCAGAAAAAGUAUAAAGAAGAGGCUACAAAAAUGAUGAAUACCUAUGCUACUGUGCCAGAUACCCCAGAAAUAAAGCGAGUUAAAUACACACAGAAAAACAUUAGUGAUCUGCAGUACACAUCUGAUUUUAAAUCAUGCAAGGGCAAAGUAACUUCAGUUGUUGAAACACCAGAGAUUAUCCUUGCAAAAGAAAAUUGCAAAAACUUCAGUAAUAUAAAAUAUAAAGAUGAAAUAAAACAUGCAACAGCAAUACCAAAUCCACCGGAAUUAAUCAGAGUUAAGGAAAACCAGAGGAACAUCAGUAAUGUAAAAUACAGAGAUCAGAUGGGAAAAGUUACUGCUGUGGAUGUCACUCUUGAGACUGAGAGAGUUAAGAAGAAUCAGGAAAACAUCAGCUCGGUCAAGUAUGCUAGUGCUCUGAAGGAGAUGAAGGGACAGCGAAGUGUUAUUAUAGACACACCUGAACUAAGACGUGUUAAAGAAACACAGAACAACAUUUCCAUGGUGAAGUACCAUGAAAGCUUUGAAAGAACAAAAGGAAGAGGAUUCACUACAAUUGCAGAUGACCCUGUUACAGAGAGAGCACGGAAGAACAGUCAGCUAAUUAGUGAUGCCUCAUAUAAAGGCGUGCAGCCACAUGUGGUGGAGAUGGACAGGAGAGCUGGCAUUAAUAUUGACCUUAAAGUUUGGCGCACUGAUCCUGGCUCCAUCUUCGACAUCGACCCCCUGGAAGACAAUAUCCAGUCUAGAAGUCUUCACGUGCUCUCUGAAAAAGCAAACCGCUAUAACAAACAACAUUGUAUCAACACUGUUGGACUGAGAGUAAGGCAUGGUGACUCUGAAGGCUCGGAGAUGAACCAUAGUGUUUCCUGCUGCAGUGAGACGAAGCCCUCUGAAGAAGGAGUGCCAGUUCUUCCUGGAGCAUACCAACAGAGGCAUUCCCUUGGGUAUGGAUAUAUGCGUCAAGGGAGCAUUUCAUCUGGGAGAUCAGGGCUUUCCCACCCACAGUCACCAACUCUGAGGACAUUCAGAGCCCUGUAUGAUUAUACUGCUCAGGACGAUGAUGAAGUUUCUUUCAAGGACGGUGACAUUAUCGUUAAUGUGCGACCCAUUGAUGAUGGCUGGAUGUAUGGAACUGUGGAACGCACUGGAAGGACCGGAAUGCUCCCAGCGAACUACAUUGAAUUUAUUAACUAAACUUGCUUUCUUUUUUUUUUUAUCUCUUUUGCCUUAUCAUUGAUUUUUUUCAAUGAAUUUAAAUACGGACAUCAAACUUGAUCAGUUACAACUCUAAAGGUCACAUUUAUUAAACCAGAAACUGUGAUAGUAUGUCACAGAGAAGUUGCUCUUUCUUAAUUUUCAGUAUUAGGGACGGGAUCUUGGACAACACUAGCUUUAGAAGACAAUCAAGCCAAGAUAUAGAUAGAAUAAGAUGGCCGAGUAAAAAUGUGUGUUGCAGUCGGAAGGGAUGCUUCUGAAAGUGAUGCUGAGGAUGUGGCUAUAGAUUUAAGGCAUACUUGCAACAUUUAUUACUGCAGGUGAAGCCUGAGCAUUAAGUGCCCAUAAUUUUUCUUUAUGUAAGAUGCUUUUGUGUGUUACUGUGGCACUUCAACAAACCAAUAGCACAGCUGCUUUUUUUUUUUUAUCUUUGCUACUGAUGCUCUGCUUCUGAUGUCAAAAUGUAGUUCAUAUACAGAGCUAUGGAAAGUGGAAGGAUUUUGGAAAAUGCAUAACUUCAUAUUACUUUUCAAAAAAUACAUUUUUAUUGAAGAAUUAAUAAUGUGGCAAAGGCCUGCUUUAACACUGCCUUCUGUUAGAUUAAUAAUGGGUUUCAUGCAAAGAGGGUAUUAUAACUUGUAUACAAAGCUAACUGUAUAGAUAUUCCACUUUCUUUUUCAGGAGAAUGACUGAAUAAAAUAAGAAGGGUAUGGUUACAGUCAAUUAUUUUAUUUUCCAAGUGAACAACUUCAUGUAGUCAUCCAGAUAACUAUGCCUCUAACAGUCCUAACAGAUAUUCUUGCCAUUUUGUAUAUGGGACAGCAUUUAUUCCUUCUUAUCGGCAGUAUAGAAUUAAUAGCAAUGCAGUUAAACUAGUGAAAGCCUCACAUCUGUACGCAUAUGCAAAACAUGUCACAAUGAAUAAUAUAGCAGUGAAAGCACAAAUAAUGUUAGCACUUAACUGAAUCUGCACUCUGAAGAAGGCAGGCACACCAUGUGGUUUAAAAUAUUGAACAAGAAGAACAUUUUUGUUUUCUGAGUGAUGUAUUUGUAUUUCAUUAAUGAUAUUGUUUAAGGGAUUAUUACACUGACAUUUCUUAAUCUGCUCAAGCAACAACAAAGUAUUCACCACAAUGUAAUGUUUAAACAAAAUUAUUCCAUUCUUUAAUUUGUAAAGUCUAGUGCUUCUGUGAAUAAUUACUUCUAGUGGCACUACUGUGAACCUCAGGAUACUGCUUAAAGAAAGCUUUGGAAUGUAUUUUGGCAAAGUAUUAUUUGAACACAGUGAAAAUGAAGUGUGAGAUGUGAAAAAUGCAUUAUGCUUUGUGUAAUCGGUGUCAUCAAUCUGCAAAAAUGAGUGUAUGGUAUGCAGGUUUUUUGUAGAGAUGUACAGAAUAACUUUUGGAUGAAUUGAAUUGAAUUGAAUUUUUUUUGUAUAUUUCAUGCUACUAUGCACCAAGAUUUCAUUGAAAAGGAAGAAAUUGAAGUUUGGAAGCAAUUGUUUUGCAUGGGCUUAGAGAGAUGGUUUCUGAACCAUUUUUUUUUAAGUAAGCAGUAUUUUAAAAUAGUGCUACAUUUUCAGAAACAGGAUUUCCAGAAAAAAAGUUUUGCAAAUGAACUACCAUGUUGUAGAACCUCAAAGUAUUAUCUUCAGUAGUUUAUACAGGUGAUAUAAAAUAUAAGUUGGUAAUCACUUCAGUUAACUGACGAUCAGAGUUUAGUAGGAAAAUGAUUUAAUGCAGAGUCACUGUGAUAUCUGCAUGCAAACUCUAGUACAGUCUGAGAAAUGAUCAUUCAUUCAGCUUUCUGUAAUGAACCUGAUUCACUGACAGUGCAGAAUUUCUGAAAAAAAUAUGCCUGUCAGCGUACAUAAAGUAUUGUCAGUAGGAUGCAUCUUUGUCAUCCGUGCAUGAAAUGGUGUCCAAUAAGUUUUCUACAUGAAAUGUACUUUUCAUAAGCAGCAACAGUUUAGGAUACUUACCAUGUUAAUAUUACAGUUGUCUUAUAUUACUAACAUCUGCUGAGUGAAAAUCAAUAAGUUUAAUGUCUUUUUUUCAGAGAAAGCAACUUUUUGAAUUGUGAUUUGUUAAGUAUGUCACUCAUAGAAAGUGUUGUAAUUUGUUUUUAGUGACGUGGGAGGAUUUGUAAGCUAGAGAGGAUAUGAGUCAGUAAGUAGAGUAAUGAUAAAGUGGAACCAGACCAUAAAUUGCAAAAGGAUGAGUUAACCUAUGAUAAGCCAUAUUCUGAAUUGCAUACAUUUUGGUGAAAUAAGGGAUGCUGAGAAAAUGUUAUUGAUAUUUUUGCAGCUGGAAAGAGCAUUUAAGUUUCUAUAACAUUCUGAAAAUAUAUUAGUUGCCAGUGCUGCUAUAAACUGAGAUCCUGGUGUGACAUGCUGAAUAAUUUCCUGCUCAGAUGUGAUAAUGAUUUGAAUAUAAUAUUAACUUCAGGCUGCAGGAACUGACUUGCAGUAUUAUUAACUGGACUCCAUGUCAGUAGUGUAGUGCAGGUACUGCUGGCAUUUUCACUGGUGGAAUUUGAAUAUUACCUGCAUAUAUGAAUGCAGUAGUCAUUCUAAAUGCAAAACAUAAUUCUUUAACACCGUCAGAUGGAUUAUGAAUUAAAUAAAGGUAAAAAGACGUAUGGACCACAUCUGACUAUGUACAGCAUGUCCUGAUUACAUGGUGAUACUUAGAAUGACUAUGUGCUCGCUUUGUAUUUCUUUAAAUCCACGUACCACAUAUUACUCUUCUUGUCAUUCUUCUUGUGCUUUUAUUUUUGGAAAAAUGUUCAUUUAAUUAAACUGUUUAGAACUAUUUAUUAAAUGCUUGACCGCUUAUCAUCUAACCAUAUCAGUCUGUGACACUGGAUGCUUUUUCAGAAUUUAAACCUGUCUGUGCCAUUGUGCCUGUCAAUAUUGUAUUGUAUUGUUUGACAAGAUACAGACAUAAUAAAAACAUUAAAAAAUGACUGGACUCUAUAGCCUA